AGGACGGACUCUACAGCAGAGGAUAAACCUAGUCUGACCGCAGCAGGAGGUACAACAGAAGAAGAACAAGUAGAAUAAUAAGAAGAAGAACAAGGAGGUUCAUUUAUUUUCUUCCACCAUCAGCCCCAGGAGCCAACGGUGUCAUUGCGACAGCCAAGGAGCACGAGCAGUGUGUGUGUUAGUGUGUGUGUGCUGAAGAUUCCUCUCGGCUGAAUUUGGAGUAACCCUGGGAUUGUGAUCAGGAGGAGAUGCUCGCUGGUGUUUGGUCUGUGGCACCUCCUCUCUCUCUCUCUCUCUCCGGUGCAGACGUCUUUGUGUGCUCGCUCUCUCGCUCCCGGUUCGGUGGAGGGACCCCCGCUCUGCUCUCUCCUCUCUGCUGUGACUCUGCCGCGGCUACAACUGCCGCUCGCUGGCUCGCCCACGGAGAGCUGAAGCAGAUGGGUCUCGUCAGACUCUCUUCAGUGGGGUGUGCAUCAUUACCCAUAAUGCCACAGGUGUGAGCCCUCCAGGUUAUUGCACAAACGCCCAUCAGACACCUGCAGACCCUUGGCCAAUCAGCAACCAACCAUCCUCCUCUGAGGUGCCAUGGCAACAACAUCAGUUCACAGACUCAUCGGUUCCCGGUCGCUGCACUGAGGACAGGAAUAAAACAGGAGAAAAGCAUUCUGGGAGUUUUUAAUAGACUUGGUUUUCCUGCCACAGAGCAGCAGAGAGGUUUCUCUGAAUUGGAAAACAAGGAUCACUCUUUUCCUGAUCCUGGGAGCUGGGAUGCAAAUGUAAUAAAACCGGAGCAAAGUUCAAGUGUUGAACAGGAUGUAAUGUAACAGAGAGACACCUAACAUUUUUUAACAAGAUUUAGCAAAAUGCGGGGUUACAGGAGGUGACAUGCGACUCAUUCUGCCAUGCAGCGCCACGACCUGCAGAAACCUCAAAGAACUUUCCUCUGAACGCUUUUAACCACACGCUGGAUGUAUCAACACCCACACACACACACACACACGAAAACUGAAACCAAAUCCAAGCUGAGCGAGGAAUUCUAAAGUGCUCCUGGUUAUUAUCAGCCCCUGCGCUUCCUAUUCUCCUCUUUAAUCUUUGUAUUCUGAGUAAUCAUCUUUUUAAUUAAUGGGGACAGCAGUGUGAAAUCUUCCCCCCGCCCCUACACUCUAGUCCCCCACCGCCACCGAGAGCCACCUGAAACCAAUUAGCAACAGCACAUCUAGAUGGGGAUUAGACACAGAAAGACGCAUUAGAUACAAACAAAAACGAGGAAGAGAUAGGCGAGAGAUCCAAAAAGGGGAGGGGUUAUUGAUAGGUGGGCGGGGCAGAGGGAGGAAAUGGCAAGAUCAGAGCGUCAGCAGGAAUUGAAGAUAUUAACCAGCUGUGAGUCAGCUGACUGCCGGCAUGAGUCUUGACCGCCCUGCUCUGAACUUGGUGGGGGGGCGAGUGAGAGAAGUUUAUAUAGAGGAGACCAUCAGGGCCAAUUAAGAGAGCCUGAUUAUACGCCUUAAUCUCGGCAGAGAGGAAGAAAGAGGGGAGGCAGAGCAGGUGCCUCCGAUACACCCCAUUAUCUCAGCCCGUCUCUAAUUGAGUCUGUUUUUGCUGUUUCCCUCACCGUGUCCACACACCACAUCUGUCUUCCUGUUGAGACAAGGCGGGAAGGAAGGGUUCAGAAAAAGCCCUUUACUUCUUUCAUGUUUUUAUUUUUCGCCAAUUUGAUUUGCUCAAUCCGGAGGACAUUUUUUAUUUUCUCUUUCAUCCGCUUUCUCUUUCCUUCUUCAGAUAACAGGGACAGAGACUGAUAGACAGAACAAGUGACUGCAAGGGGCUAUAUCUGGAGAGGACAGCAGACGUUAUCCCCUCAGUCCCAAAGCUUCACUUUCUCUCCUUAAAGUUCCUCUUCUCCAAAGAGCUGUUCCCGGCUCUCCUCCUUGUGGAUUGUAAACUCUGCUGCUCUGACCUGAGAGAUUACUCUGGCUUCCGUUAUCAGGAGGAGUCUUUGAUAUCGUCUCCUGCUGUUGUCAUCUUCAUUCUGUGGCGGUACAGGCAGCCAGCAGACCAUUCUCUAUGAGGAGCAGUGGAAGAUGCCGGCUCUGCCAGCACUGCUGCUGUCGAUUUACAUCCCCGCCCUGCUGCUGACCAUGGCCCCGCUCCUCUGCAGCCAGGCCGACUCCCUCUCUGCCGUCCGGAUGGCGGCCAUUUUGGACCAUCAGUCGGCAUGUGGUCGUGGUGAGCGCAUGGCGUUGGGCCUGGCGAGGGAGAACAUCAACAGUAUGAUGGACGUGUCCUCCAAAGCCAGGGUGGAGGUGGACAUGUACGAGCUGCAGAAGGACUCCCAGUACGACACCACUGACACCAUGUGUCAGAUCUUACCAAAGGGCGUGGUUUCAGUGAUUGGUCCCGCCGCUAGCCCCGCCUCCGGAUCCACCAUCAGUCACAUCUGUGGGGAGAAGGAGAUCCCUCACGUAAAGAUCGGUCCGGAGGAAAACCCAAAGCUGCCGUACCUUCGCUUCGCCUCUGUGACUCUGUACCCAAGUAACGAGGACCUGAGCCUGGCCAUCGGGUCCAUGCUGCGCUCCUUCGGAUACCCCACCACCAGCCUUGUGUGUGCCAAGGCAGAGUGCCUGCUGCGAUUGGAGGAGCUGGUCCACCGCUUCCUCAUCUCCAGGGAGACGCUGUCAGUGCGAAUGCUGGACGACAGCCUGGACCCCACCCCCCUGCUGAAGGAGAUCCGUGAUGACAAAGUGGCCACCAUCAUCAUCGACGCCAACGCCUCCAUCUCCUACCACAUCCUCAGAAAGGCGAACGAGCUGGGGAUGACGUCAGCCUUCUACAAGUACAUCCUCACCACCAUGGACUUCCCUCUGCUGCGGCUGGAUGACGUGGUGGACGACCAGUCCAACAUCCUGGGCUUCUCCAUGCUGAACAGCACUCACCCUUUCUACCUGGAGUUCAUCCGCAGCCUCAACCUCUCCUGGAGGGAAGGCUGCACCCUCAGCCCCUACCCCGGCCCCUCGUUGUCCUCGGCCCUGAUGUUCGACGCGGUCCACGUGGUGGUGAGCGCCGUGCAGGAGCUGAACCGCAGUCAGGAGAUCGGAGUGAGGCCGCUGAGCUGCACCUCUCCGCUCAUCUGGCAGCACGGAACCAGCCUGAUGAACUACCUGCGCAUGGUGGAGUACGAUGGUCUGACGGGUCACAUAGAGUUCAACAGCAAAGGCCAGAGGACCAAUUACACCCUGAAGAUCCUGGAGAAACACCCUGCGGGACAUAAAGAGAUCGUACCCUGGUACUCCAACAACACGUUUACCAUGAACUCCACUUCGCUGGACCUGAACGCCUCGGACACGUUGGUUAACAAGACGCUAAUCGUGACUACAAUAACGGAGAACCCGUACGUGAUGCGGAGGUCCAACUACCAGGACUUCCAGGGAAACGACCAGUACGAGGGCUUCUGUGUGGACAUGCUCCGAGAGCUGGCCGGCACCCUGAAGUUCUCCUUUAAGAUCAAGCUGGUGGACGACGGGCUGUACGGGGCCCCGGAGCCCAACGGCAGCUGGACCGGCAUGGUGGGGGAGCUGAUCAACCGGGGAACACAGGGAUUCUGA